AUGAAUAAUGAAGCGACAGUUAAAUCAGCCGAACAUACACCUGAGGCUGAAAGGAUUCCAGAGCCAAUAAACGAAGAUUGUUCGACACAGAAUCUGAAAACACAGCCGCAAAUAUCUAAACUGAAUAUGCAACUAAAUGACACAAAAUUAUCUCCACUGAAAAAAAUCUCAACACCAGAGAAGGACAUCGCACCUUUGAAGAAAGUUACUACAACGGAUGUUCGUAAAGAUAUCAAACAUAGAAAAUUGUGCGUACUAAGCAACAGCACUCGAAGAGGCAUACUACAGGCUAUUGAAGACAAUUUUGCAAGUGACUUUAUAUACUUUUUUCUUGUACCUACAAUACCUAUGGAGGUGGAUAGAGAAAUAAAACAACUGAAAAAUACUCAAAGUGUGGGUUACGAUGGUGUUUGCACUAAAGUUGUAAAACAGUGUAACUUUGUCACAGAAUGUUGCAAGCAUAAAGUGCAGCCUGUGCACACAUAUCAUAAAACUUUUAUAAGGACUAAUGCCACUUAG